GAAACGGUACAGUACCGUACCUACGUACUCGUACGUCCAUUUCGCCAGGAUUUCACAGCAUACGAAUACAAUCGAAAAGAUCGAAGACGGAAGACAAUACAGUACCGUACCGUACGGUACGGUGCGUACUCAUACCGUUCUGUGCGCUUACUUACUCAUACCGUACGUACGGUAUCUAUCUGGUAUGGUACGUGAUGUACUGUAGUAAAGUACUGUAAGGCUACUCGUACUCGUACUCGUACUAGUGCUCAUGCUCAUGCUCAAUCUCUUUCUCAUCAGAGAGAAAUCGCUACCAGUAUCGAAACCAAAGAAGAAUGGAAAACCCGUAUCAUUCGAACACAAUCUACAUUCCUUUCCUUAUGGACAACGGGCAAUGAUCGACCACAUCGUGCAAAACGCGGACAUACUUCAAAACGUUCUUAAUUUCCUCGCGAACGAUGGAGAUUCCGUCGCUCGAUUUGCUCUCUCUUCGAAGGAGUUGUAUGACAAAAUCCUGCGAAGCGAGACAAUCAUUAAUCCGACUUUGUGGAAAGAACUCCUCCGCCAACGAUGGAAACGAACGAUGCGACGACCAAUGGUAGCAAGCUCCAACGCCGACGACAACCAAAAUGUCACGGUCGCAGAACUUUCGUAUCGAGAAUUGUACGUCGCAAAGCGACAAGCCGACGCCGAGGCUAUUCGACUGCUAGAAGAAAUGACCUCCGACCUUCUGGUAGUGUUGCGAUUGAACGAACCAAAAAGUGUGCUGACCAAGAAAAAUCCACACAUCGGCAAAGCUUCGAACCAUAAUUGUUGGUACCAUCUGCUGCGGGACAGAGCCGACUUCUACGAUGUUAUGAAAGCAACGGCAAUGCGAUACGCCAGACCCACUGCGGCAUCCUCUGCCCACGACAGGCUGAUGGGAUUUUGCGCGGCCCGUUGUUUUCAAAGCAUGCAUUUCGCAGAUUGCCUAUGGGAAUGGAGACGUCUUGCCGAGAAAGAGGAGGAGGAGCGACUAGAUCGCCAGCAGCAACGGGAGCUAUCACCACAGCCGUCGCUAUCGCAAAUGCGGGCCUGCCAACUGAGUGCGUCAAAUUUCUUGGAACAAUUUGCUUUGUUAGUAUGCGAAAUCCAAAAAUCACCAUUGCAACAUCUGGAAGAACCCAAUGGCUGCGCUUGUACCGAGUAUAACGCCAACGAUGAAAUUACGGGCAUAGGGUUUAGGAAUACCAUGCGAUACUCCCAUCAAGCAACCAAAAGUAUGGACGCUAUCGCCAAAGUUUGUCGAGAGCGAAUCAAAGAGAAAUCAGAAGCAAAUGCUAGCACGAGCACAAAGCUCGCAGUCAUCAACGAUGUUCUGAUGAAUGACUAUGGCUUUGCUGGAAAUAGCGGAGAUUAUUACAACUUUCGGAACGUCCUGCUGGACGAGGUAGUGGAGUCGAAAACAGGGAUGCCCCUCACGCUUUGUGUCUUAUAUAGCUGCAUUUGUCGAAGACUUGGUAUACCCGUUCACUUGAUAGGACUUCCAGGCCAUGUUGUAUUGGGUUUUCAUACAGAUGACGAAAGCAUUGACUUUGAUGAGAUUCAUUCGUUCAUUGACGUCUUUCAUGGAGGACGUAUCCUAUCGAGGGACGACUGUAGACGAAUUGUUGAGAAUUAUAGAAUGCCUUGGCACGACGAAUUUCUGAACCCCAUUCCAACCACCAUGAUCAUUCAGCGAAUCUUCAACAACCUUAGAAAUUGUCACGAAAGGGCGAUGAUGAAUCCGAAUCCUCCCAUGUUUUGUUCGGAUCUAAUGUUUCAACAACACAUUCUGGGCAUGAUACAUCGUUCUCCUCCCGAGCUUGGUACCAUUCUCUUGGAACGUCUUACGGAAGACUUGCCCAACGUYCUUAGUCCCGAGUUGUUGCACGCCUAUCACUUACUUUCCCCAGAAGAACUUGGCAACGGUCCAGUCGUUAAUGCGACACACGCACGAAUGCUUUUGGAGCUUUCUAGUUAUGCUGGAUUGUCGUACAACAAUUACGCUUAACAUAAAUUACUUAUUUUUUC